AUGGCGACCGUCGAUUUUUCCCUUGAUGCUGUCACACAAGACGAGGAUAAGGACGUGACCGACAAGAAGAAAAAGAGCUCGGUUUCGUUAUUUGCAGCGGAAGAAAUGGCAAUGACAAAUGUUUACGAGAUUACAGAGAGCUCCUCGGACGAGAGUGUUAGCGACACGUUAUCCAGAGCUUCCAGUGGAACGAGAGAUAAGACCGUGGUGGAGAAUUUAAAUGCUAAAGCAGCAGUGAUUACUGAAGACCAAGCUGUAGAAGAAGGUGAAAAGGAGCUUAAGAUAGUGGGGAAGACACACGCAAGGGUGUGUACACUAGAGCCAGAGGAACAACUUUACAAGACAAAGAAUGUGGCUGAUAUGCAGUAUCUGUUCACAAACGACAAGUUAAAGGACGGAUCCCCGGCGAUUGUAUUGAAAUCCGAUCCGUUUUGUAUCCCAAGAGUGACGGACAAUGUGCCCAACUAUCGGCCAAUGCUUAACCCACUGAGUAUUUUUCUGGGUGAAGAUCAGUUACUGCCAGGAAACUUCAGAUUGGACCCAUUGGAGCGACCACCAAAGGCAAGUGAGAAAGUGGUGAAGCAGGAGGGGACAAAUAUUGGACCUAAUGGAAUUCUGCCUCCUCCUAGUAGCUCGUCAUCAACAUUAAGCACGGGGAAACAGUUUCGCGGAAAAACCAGCGCCUUCAUGGGAACUAUGCCUCGACAAACGGAGUUUGCAGAAAUUCCAGUACCCGAGAAACUUUUCCAGAAUCAUGAACUAUUUCGCCCUUUGCCGCCGAUUUCGAGAGUCCCAACAUCACCUCAAAGAGAUGACCGACCGGCGCCAAUGAAACAGAAAUCAGGCAACAAGCUAUUCACUUCAAGCAGUUCUGAUGGCGAACAACAAUCGAUAUCGCUAACCACAGAUAUGGUUGCUACCCCUGCUUCACUCUCCGAUGCGAUGCUACUAUCAUCCAUCCAGCAUACCCUUGACGUCACAACGACUGCUCUGACAGCGACUAGUGGUUCUAUGCUGCCACUAGAUCGUGGUGCCAAUUCUGCGCCGUCACUUUCUGAUGAGGGUCCUACGUGUCAGAUCCAGCCACUAUAUGAGGGAGGUCCUACUUGUCAGAUCCAGCCACUUCAACCGCUGGAUACCGUUGUCGAUACGCUCGCUAACUAUCUACCAAGCCGAAGCUCGUCUAGGCUGGACAGUAGCAGACCCGUGGACGAACAGCAGUUUGAUCCAAGCGGAGGGAACAAUCCGAUGAGCUAUGCUGUCGGUGUCUCUGGUGCAUUUGGCAGCUUGCUCUCAGCAGUCGAACAUCAAACCAGUAGUAGCCCAUAUGCUGGUCUUUUCAUCGACAGUGGUGCGGCGGAACCUACCAACCUGACCAUGCAGACUUUUUCCUCAGCACUGGGCUCAAUUUUUAUCACUACGCCCACACACACUGCAGCUGGCAUAAAUGCGGGCCUCAUCACACCGCAAGGACGAUCUAGCAAAGUAACUAUACGUCGUCCAGGAGCGAGGAAGCCGCGUGCAAAGAAUGUAUUCCGACCGUGUACUUCAUCAGGAUGUACAAAGGGUGCACGAGGCAAAUCCGGGCUGUGCCAGAAACAUGGUGGUGGCAAACGUUGUGCUGCACCAAACUGCCCGAAAGGUGCACAGGGAAGUAGUGCCAUGUGCCUUUUUCACGGAGGUGGUUAUCGUUGUACAGUGGAAGGGUGUACCACAGGCGCUCGCGGCACGUCAGGCCUCUGUGCGAAGCAUGGUGGCUACAAAAAAGGCAAAGCUAGCUCUACGGGUAAGCGUGAACCGAAUGUAGGCGUUGCAGUGAAGCGUAUACGCACCGAUCAUUCACAGCAAUCACCUGCUCUAGUUGACGCAGAAUAG